AAUGCGCGCAGCCCCCUCUCUCUCUCUCUCUUUGCGGGUGCAAGUGGCCCAAAGAUGCGAUGAGAGGGAUCAAUAAUUCAGGGAGGCUGCUUUUUAAACACACUCUCCCGCACCAACGUAAUGCAUUUCCUGCCCGAGAGUAGCAGAUCCAGAGAUGUGCGAAUAGAUCUACAGAGCCGCCCUCCUCCUUACAGAAGCUGCGACCAAUGUUCAAUUGCAGGCAAUGCAAUUCUCCCCGAACGUGUUAAUAUCAAAUGCUUGGCCGCUUUAUAUCGGGCGCUAUAUUGCGUGGCAUGUUUUUACUCUUUUGCCUUUAAAUGGUGAUUUCAAAUCUGCCGUGGACCCCGGGGAUUGAGUUAAAUUAUUUCUACGUUACAUUAUUUGUAUGCUUUUAUUUUGUACGUGCACAGCUGCAAUGUAAAUCUGCUCAUGGUUGCCGUGGCCUGAGCCACCUUAGAUAACGAGGGAUUAAUACAAUCCCAGCCACCCACUCUUUCUCUCUCUCACUCUCCCACUCUCUCUAUUUGCAGCUCUCCCUGGUAGAAGGGAAAGCGACAACAAGAGAGAGAGAGACGUGAGGGAGGCAGCAUUAGCGGCAGGACAGAGAGACAGAGAGAGAGCGCAAAGGCGAGGAGAGAGGAGGGAGGAGAGAGAGAGAGACGCGGCGUUGGCGAGACGGACGAGGAACGAGGAUGGAGAAACGAGCGACCGGCCGGGCUGCCGAUGGGGACGGCGCGACGAGAACAAAGAGCGAGCCGGGGGGAGCGGCCGCGCAAUGCAAGCACUCGGCACAGAAGAGCCGGGUCACCAAGACGGGACGCAAAGCCACCCGCCAAACGGCGGCCGAGUCGGGGCAGACGGCGAAGUCCUUCUCGUCGCAAGCCAAGGCGGCAAUGUUCCAGUGCCACAAGAAGGGCGGAGGAGCAUCAUCCCCUGCGGGCCAGGCGCCCGGAGGAGCGGCCACCCGAGCCACCGCGGCGUCGGCGUCGUCCCAUGCGGCGUCGUCCCACACGGCGCUCUUCCACCUGCCCAGCUUCUCCCGGGGCAGCGGCUCGCACGGCUCCUCGCGCAAAGCCACGCUCCCGACCGCGGCCGCCACCGCGCCCGCAGCCGCCACCGCGCCCGCAGCAGCCGGCGCGCACAGGUCUGGCCCGGCGCUUAAAGUGGCGUGGAAAAGCGGCUCGCACGGCAGGGAGCAUGGCGGCAAGGAGGGCAGCACGACCCCUACGCCGGCAGCCACCUCACAUCAGCAUUCGAUGAAGACGCCGGGCUACCUGUCGAACCCCGCCGGGCGUGAGGAGCUCAAGCGCGUGCUGGAGAAAGCCGCGCAGAGGCUGGAGAGAAAGACAAUGCUGUCUGCAUUUGGUGAAAUGUCAUCAUUGAAGUCAAACACUGGGCUGUCCUCGGGCACCAAGGAGGGUCUGGCGUCACACGCUCCGGAGAGGAAGGACGCGGACGCCGAGGACAAGGAGAACGUCGCCCUGGAGGCCGACACGGACACCAGCUCGGUGUUCGAUGGUGAAACCGAGGAGGACGAGGACGAGGAGGAGGAGGAUGAGGAGGGAACUUUGGCGAACACAGGGCGGCGCGACUCCCUGGCGCUCAAAAUCCGCAACCGUCCAUCAGCGCGCGAGCUGGAGGACAAGAACAUCCUGCCGCGGCAGACGGAGCAGGAGCGGCAGGAAAAGAGGCGCAGCAUUGGCCACAAGCUCGUCAGGAGGCUGAGUCUGAGGCCCACAGCCGAGGAGCUGGAGCAGAGAAACAUCCUACGGCAGAAGAACGAAGCUGAGGAGCGUGAAGAGGAGAAAAGGGAAAUCAAGCGCAGGCUCUCGAGGAAACUCAGCGAGAGACCCACGGUGGAGGAGCUGCGCGAGAAGAGGAUCCUCAUCCGAUUCAACGACUACGUGGAGGUGGCCGCAGCUCAGGACUACGACCGGAGGGCGGACAAGCCGUGGACUCGGCUCUCUUCUGCUGACAAGGCUGCCAUCCGGAGAGAACUCAAUGAGUUCAAGAGCUCGGAGAUGGAGGUGCAUGAGUCAAGCAAGCAGUUUACAAGAUUUCACAAGCAUUGAGUUUCGCUCCGGCGGCCAAGUGCUUCAUCACGCGUCCUUUGGUGAAGCGCUCGGUUCAUUCUGCAGUGCAGAAGAGCUGAGGAACAAAGUGCCGGCGUGAUCCCUACCACUGCAGGGACACGGCAAAGCACAACUCCCCUUGUCGCCAUCAUUCAGGGAUCAUGCCUGCCCUGUGCAGCUACCACUGUGAGCGUGGCAAACGGGUCAUUGGUUUACUACUCCUACUACUACGUAGGUUUUUCGUGGUUGUGCAAGUGUAGCCUUCCGAAGUGCUUUCGGGUUGUACCACGCAUUUUCUUCGGCACGUUGUUCCACGUUUCGCUCCGCGUGCUCCUGCAGAAGCUCCCAGAACACGGAGAGAAACGUCGGACAUCAGGCCGAGCAACACGUGGCAAAUUCCAAAAACACAUUGGAGAGGUGAUUGGUUUGACGCUACUUAAAUGUGAAUUCGGUACAGUAGGGUACUUUGAACGUUGGUAUAUUUUAUAUGCAGCUUUCUGUGUACGAUGUGUAUAUUGAUUAAUGUAUACAGUACAUAAGUUAUUAAUUCCUGUAAUUAAAUUAGUGACUUGCGCUAAAUAUUGAGAAAAAUGCGAUUAAACGGCUAGCCCAAUGAUAAGUGUAAAAAGAUGUAUGAAAAAUAAAUGUUAAUCAGCUUGUGUUGCUGCUAGAUACAGGCCAUGAAGUAUAAUCCACAAGUGCAAAUGUAUCUCAAGAUAGCAUUGUAAUUGGACCUAUCCUGCCUGUCCGGUAAUUAAUCACAGGGCUGAAUCAAAGCCUCAUAAGGAAGUAACUGUCAUUGAACUAAGGCUGCAAAGUGCUCGGCUAGCGUAUUGCAACAGAUGUUCAACUGAAAUUGGGAUAUUAAAAAAAAAUAUUCCAUUAAAUUAAUACACUCUCUGCUUUUAUUUUAUGUAUAUAUAUAGAUCGGCAUGCACCUCUUUUGGAGGAUGUUGCCUCAAGAGGAAGUCUUUUUUGCUCCGAGCCAGCUGCUAAUGGCGGUGGAGAUGCAUGGCAGCCUCUGCUGGAUUCAGCACAUUUCGAAUGGGUCCUCCAGGCCUGAAUGCAGAUGGAAAACGGCAAUACGAGGAGACACAUGCAGUAAGCACUGGGAAACAAUGAUAUAUCGCAAGUGACAUUUUUGCGGAUAUUGGCUCCGCCAAAAGAACUUUUCCAAAAUGAGCCCGCUCCAAUUUUGUUCAAGUGUUCAUGCCGUUCUGUUCCUCUAUGCAAAACGAAAUUUUAAAAUGAACGUCAACUCGUGAAAUUGUUGUAUUAAUUUACAGAAAAAGUCGUUUUUGUUGUACGCACCAUAGUGCUGUCCCAAAGAGAUUACGAUCAUUAAGGCAACAUUGUAUUGUACGGGAUGAUACAAAUGAUAUGAAUUCGAAUUCAUAGCAUUGGGUUAUCGGCAGUUGAAGCAGGGACUGAUUAAUUUUGUUAUUAAAGUUACGUUACCAUGUUUAUAAAAAAAACUUCUGUAGUUAUUUGUUACACUUCCAGUUAGCACGGUUGGCAACGUACGGUGCGGAAGAAGUUCAACAUAAAUACAUUACAAUGACAUCUGGUGUAUGCAUCUUGUGUGUGCUUGCAUAUAUAGGAGCAGCCUGCAGUGCCAUAUUCUUUACAUUCUUGACAGCAAAAUCCACAUUUCUCUUGCAAAGGAGAUCCAGAUAUCCUAUUAUAACCUAUAACCAUUUAAAUUCUUGUGGAGUAACUCAUGUAGUCAGCUAUGGCUCUAGGAUUUGGUGUUACAUGUUAUUUAUGUAGUUUAUUGUACAAAUUCGGUCACAGUCCCUUUGAUCACUGUUACGUUGCAAUUAUGGCUUCAUUUUUUCGUGAUUUCGAAGAGUUUUUUGGUUUGGACAUGU